AUGGUAUCCUAUCCGUUUCUAACAAGUGCGCCAGGAAAAGUGAUUCUUUUUGGGGAACAUUCGGCUGUCUAUAACAAGCCUGCAAUUGCUGCUGCGCUGUCCUUGAGGACAUAUCUUUUAGUAACUAAAAACAAAAAGGAGGACAACUGUAUAUACCUGGAAUUUCCAGAUAUUGGUUUGCAUCAUGCUUGGAAAGAAUCUGAUAUGCCAUGGCAUUUGACUACCUCUGAACAGGGACGACCACCUGCGAGUGAGGAGUUGAAUGCAGAACUAGUCAACGGGCUAACCCCUCUUUUAACAAGUAUCCAAUCGCCUCUUCAUUAUGCGGCUGCCUACUGUUUCCUGUAUCUGUAUUUAUCCCUAUGUCACGAGUCUGUGGGAGGUGGAAUAACAUUCACAGUAAGAUCCACGCUGCCUAUUGGUGCUGGUAUAGGCUCAUCGGCAUCCAUAUCCGUUUGUCUUGCCAGUGGAUUAGCAUACAUGGGUGGCCAUAUAAAGGCAGCAAACAUCGAAAGAGACUCAAUGGUUUUGAGAGAUUCGGACGAAUGUAUGUUUAUUGAUGCAUGGUCCUUUAUGGGCGAAAAGUGCAUCCACGGUAAUCCGAGUGGAAUUGAUAAUGCCGUGGCAACUCAUGGAGGUGCAGUGAUGUUUCAAAGAAUGGCAAACUCCAUGCCAAGUGUUCGUACAUCUAUGAGAAAUUUACCCUCAAUAAACCUAUUAUUAACUAAUACGAAAACACCAAGAAGAACUGCAGAUUUGGUUUCCAAUGUUGCCAGGAUCGUAAAUGACUUCCCAAUGACUUCCGGUUGUAUAUUGGAGGCAUUGGAGGCAAUUGCGAGGGAGGCAUAUAACCUUAUGGUUCGUCCUUUCCUUGAUAUUGACUCUAAAAAAAGACUCAUGGAGUUGAUUCGAAUCAACCAUGGUUUACUGGUUUCAUUAGGUGUCUCGCAUCCAAACCUUGAAAAAAUCAAACUAUUCUGUGACGAGCUGAAGAUGGGUGAGACCAAACUUACAGGUGCUGGUGGAGGUGGAUGUGCUAUUACUCUAUUGAAUGACGAGAUGGACAAAGCUGAGUAUGAGCAAAAGUAUAGAACCUUGUUGGACAAGUUUGAAGGGCAUGGUUUUGAAACCUUCCAGACUACUUUAGGAGGAAAAGGAGUUGGUUUGUUGACGAGUCCAAGUGAUUCUCUUCUUGAGUUCAUGAACGUGGAGAAAUUUGUGGGAUUCAAGGAUACCACAGAAAUAGAAAAAUCUGUUGGCUGCAGUGCUGUCGAUGAAUGGAAAUACUGGUAG